AUGUCAGUUCAAGGCGGUCAUUGUACGUCAAAUAAGGUUCUAAUUUCUCUUCGUGGAGCAUCUCUUUCUCCACUUGUAUUUGAAGUCGAUGCUGUUAAACGAUUGAGGGAGCUGGGAAUCUUGGGAAUCCUCACUGGUUCAUUGCCGAGUGCUACCCAGCAAAAUUUAUUUUUGACGGUACCACUUCGUUUAACUUGUGAAGAAGCAGUUUGGCUUGUGUUGGAAGGCUACGGGAAGUUUACUCAAGAUGAUAAGUUAUUUCAGUCAGCGGUUAAAACGAUAAAUGGGGAUGAAUUUAAGCAAUGGCAAAUUGAAGAAGAGCGGGAAUUAAACGAGCAGGUUGAGGCCAGAAUAACUAUUUAUAAAAAUAAGCUUGCAAAGCUUGGGAUUGAAGAAGAAGAAGAUGGGGAUGUGAAGCAAAACUUGAUUCAACAGGGUGUGUUUUUAGAAACAAAGAACAGUUCGAGGCUGCUUAAAAAUAAAGUCAAUGCCGAGUCCAUUCCAGAUGAUUUUUAUGUUCAAAGGGCACUGUUAAAGAAAUUACUUGACGCUUAUACUAAUGUUGAUGACUAUUUACUGUUUAAAGCAUUAAGAAACCGUGGUUAUUUCCUUUCUCCAGGCGGGAGAUUCGGAGCGCGGUUUAUAGCAUAUCCCGGAGAUCCGCUACAAUUUCAUUCCCACAUGGCCAUACAGCCAGCAUUGGAAUAUUAUAACCAACCUUUAGAUCUUUUGAAUCUAGUUAGUGGUGGGCGGCUUGGAACAGGAGUUAAAAAACUUUGGGUUGUUGGUGGAGUCCGCUACGAGGAGAUCGAUGAGGAGCUUCUUCAAGAUAAAAAUAAAAUCAAACUUUUACAAUUACCUAACCCUCCAGUUUCCUUCUUCUCAAUUGAAUGGUCUGGGUUUGGUUAG